GAUGCUGCGGUCGUGCCUUACAGAAACGAUACAGAACACUUCAAGACACCGUUGAAGCUCGGUCGCAUUUAGUUUGUGGCUGUCGGCCGGACGAGAAGGAGCGAAAAUGGUCUUGAUACCUGCACUCAUCCUGCUGCUCGCGCUUGUACUCUAUUGGAGCAAGCUUUCCCGCAAAACCAGUGCCCAGUUGUUCGGCAAAGAUAUUCCCGGUCCCCGGUCUUAUCCGCUCAUCGGUUCGGCCCAUUUAUUUUUGGGCUCAGACGAGCGAACCUUCAGUGUGAUAAAUGAGCUGUUCCGCAAAUACGGUAGCUUUUUCAAACUAUCGCUCGGCCCCAAGACGUUCUUGUGUCUGUCCGAUCCGGAUCUUAUUCAGCAAGCGCUCACAUCGAGCGCCUGUCAGGAUAAAGCGUUUUUCUACCGUUUUAUGGAGCUCGACUAUGGAUUGAUUUCGUCUCGCUAUACCGAUUGGAAGCUGUACCGAAAGUCGCUUAAUCCUGCCUUUAACCAACGCAUCCUUAUCAGUUUCAUAUCGAUCUUCAAUCGAUGCUCGGAAGUAAUGGUAGCACGCAUGGCAAAGGAGGCAGAUCGUAGACAACCGUUCGAUGUACUUCAUUACACCGCUCAGUGCGCGCUGGAGAUGGUAUUCGCUAGCUCCCUUAAGAGCGACAUUACGGACGAUGCGCAGCUGCACGAGGCUUGCGAAGCUAUCCAAAAUAUGUGCACCAUCAUGAGUAGCCGUAUGUUUAAUGUGCUGCUUUACAGUGACCUGCUGUUUACGUUAACGCAUAAGUACCAUGAGCUACAGAAGAUGAAGGUAAAAGUGGAACGAGUGGUAAAUCCGAUUUUGUACGGAAGAAGAGAGAAACUUUCCAAGCAACGAUUGGAAAAUGCACACUCAGAGGACGAGGAGCAUUACCGGAAGCCGAUGGUUUUUCUUGAUCAGUUGCUGCACAUGCAGCGAGGUGGUCAAGACUUGGAAAUCCAGGAGAUUGAAAACCAUCUCAACAACAUCAUUGCAGCGGGCAGUGAUACGACAGCCAGCCAAGUUGCAUUCAUUCUGUUGAUGCUUGCAAUGCAUCCCAAGGUGCAAGAUCGGGUCCACGAAGAAAUCGUCUCCAUCUACGGUAGUGCCGCCCCGGACUUUUCGUACGAAACCAUUUCGGCUCAAACGUAUCUCGAGCAGGUGAUCAAAGAAACGAUGCGAAUGUAUCCUGUGGGUCCAAUCAUCGGGCGGCAAACGAUCGAGACGGUGAAGCUGGGCGAUGUGAUCGUCCCACCCGGGGUAACGCUGCUCAUCAACAUUCUAACAGUGCAUCGCAACAAGGAGCUGUGGGGUGAGCGGGCGCAUGUUUUCGAUCCGGAUCGAUUCGAUCCUGCACAGUACGAUGCCAAGAAGCAACAUCCCUUCAGCUACAUUCCAUUCGGUGGAGGGCCCCGAAACUGCAUCGGCUAUCGGUACGGGAUGCUUGCCAUGAAAAUCAUGGUAACACAGGUACUUCGCAAAUAUCAACUGUCCACACCGCUCACGCCAAGCGAUUCAUUAAGACCCUUCUUCGCAAUAACACUCAAGAUUGGUACAGGCCACAGUAUAUGCGUAAAGCGUAGAACAAAUGUCUUACUCUAGCUUUUAAUCAAGAACAACAUACACCGCAUGUAUGUUCAUGUUAAUGCUUGUUUCUGUAUUUGUUAUGUUUGUGUUUCAUCUAAAAAGAAUAAAAAAAAUCAAACAAUAACAACAAAUUAUUUCUCAAAAAGCAUAUUAUUUUAUUCUCAAGUUUUACUCAGUAACAAUGACUGGGCCGUUUUGCUUAUUAAACUAUCAUAAUAUGAUAACUGCUUUAUUUUAAUCCUAGAACGCAAAGGAUGAGUGUUGGAGUAAUUGAAAUAUUUAUGGGUUGAUUUCCUUUAUUUUUUAAUCCAUCUAAAAAUGGCUAUGGUCCUUCAACGAUAAACAAUGUCGAUUAGUUGUAUAAGUACAAGUCAGGUGCAGUUUUACUAUUUAAACAAAACUUGUAAAAUUUAUCAUUAAGUAUCAAUCGGUUAACUGAUCAAUUUCAACAUUUUCAUCCCCACGAUAGCUUGCCGACCUUGAGAUUGACUUUGAGUUCGGACAGGAACCCGAAUUUGAUCCUCAUCCGCUUCCCACACAUCUGCUCUUGUUCUGGUUGUACAGUGCAAAAAAGUGAAUGUAAACUUUUAUAGCUUUUGUUAAACUGAUGCUGUUCACCUCAGUGGUAUCAGCGAAAAACACCACUGCACAAUGGGGCAAGGGCGGUCGAAAAUAUUAUUUACUUUUACUCAAAAAUAAAACAACAGUAUUCCAUUCUUGUUGUAGCAUCUUUUUUAUUACAAACAGAAAAUAAUCGAACUAUAAACAACAUUUUUCAACUUUGGAAAUAAAUUAAAAAAUGUAUACAUUUCUAUAUCUUUAUUUUUUCUCCAAACCUCUUGUCCAAACCUCUCCAAGCUUGUAGUCAACAUGCUGUCAAAAAUUCAGACUUAUUAUUUAACCUCAAUUGUGGAAAAAAUGCAUUCAAACAUGUUUGGAGCGCGCGCUGUUGUACGGUACAGAAAUU